CAGGUAAAUACAGGAUUAGUGGGUGGGAUUGAGGUGUGCUCUGGAGCAUAAAUAGAGGUGCAAGCUGCGCUUGGCACAGUCUGAAGCUUGGACUGCAUCCUGGCUGGCUCGUACAACACAGGUGGGUGGGGAGCCAGAUUUGCCAUGGAGAAGUUAUCUGUGUCCGCAUUCCUGCUGCUCAUAGCCCUGUCUUAUUCUCUGGCCAAAGAUACUACAGUCAAACCUGCAGCCAAGAAGGAAACAAAGGACCCUAAGCCCAAACUGCCCCAGACCCUCUCCAGAGGUUGGGGUGAUCAACUCAUAUGGACCCAGACAUAUGAAGAAGCUCUAUACAAAUCGAAGACAAGCAACAAACCUCUGAUGAUUAUCCAUCACUUGGAUGAAUGCCCACACAGUCAAGCUUUAAAGAAAGUGUUUGCUGAAAGCAAAGAAAUCCAGAAACUGGCAGAGCAGUUUGUCCUCCUCAACCUAGUGUAUGAAACAACUGACAAGCACCUUUCCCCUGAUGGCCAGUAUGUACCCAGGAUUAUGUUUGUUGACCCAUCUUUGACAGUCAGAGCUGACAUCACUGGAAGAUACUCAAAUCGUCUCUAUGCUUAUGAGCCUUCAGAUGUGGCCCUAUUACUUGACAACAUGAAGAAAGCUCUAAAGUUGCUGAAGACUGAACUAUAA